CUUUAAGAAUAAGUUUAUUGAAAUCGGGGCUAACGAGUUACAAGAAGGUCACUUUCGGAGCAAUAAUUGAAUUUAGAAAUUUAGAAAGUGUAUUUAUUGUGUUUAUUGAUAAUUUUUAAGUAUGAUCAUGUUUAAGUAUGUUAAGUAGUUACAGGGGGUUUUAUGGCCAUAUAAAAAUCAGGUGUUUGUCCGCCACCCAGACGGAAUGAUAUCACCGGAUCAUAAAUACAACGUGUUAAUGAGCUCCAUUAUCACAAGCUGCUGACCUAUUACCUUACAUGAAUCAAAGCCAGCUGAAAACAUUGAGGAUUGAUCUAGUCCCAAGUUCUUGUCGUUUUCCUUCUCUGGGUUAGGGCAGAAGGGCAAUUUGGUUUGUACAGAAGACAUAAGUGCUGGUUAUUCUUUUAUUAACCUGGAGGAGUGGAUUUGACCUAGUUUUUUGUUUGAAAACGGAGCGAGCAAAGGAGAUGUUGCUCUCUCUAUGUCUUUAGCUCCACUGAUCCAGCAUUUUCUUAAGGAUUUCCAUGAAUAGAGAGGAGUUGGCUGAUGUGUAACCGGUUUAUGCCAGUUUGGCCACUGCUGGGAUACAAAGGCUGAACUAAAUGAAUCUGUAACCUGAGUCUGAUCCAGAUGUUGCUGUGAAAUACCGAAAUCGUGCUGUGAUGACCUCCUUUGAGAACGUACCAGGUCGUAGAGGCUUUGAUCCAAGGGAGUAGGAAAUUGUUGAAUGUUCUUUAUAAUGUAGCUGCAUCUGAAGAAAUCCCCAGUGGCUUUGUGUCAUGCUGCCUAACAACAUGGGACAUUGUUUCAUGGGACGGGGAGCCAUGAUCCCAAGGAAGCUGAAGCCGUUUCUCUGCAGGAUGUUGUCGAGUUACAAACCCAAAAACGAUGUCAAGGACUCUUACAAAAUUCUGGAGCUCGAGGAAGGAUGUUCCAUGGAUGAUGUCAGAAACUCCUAUCGCAAUCUCGCCAAAAAAUAUCACCCGGACAGCAGCUCCGGCAUGGCUGAUUCCAAGGCCUUCAUAAGGGUGGAGGAGGCCUACAGGGUUGUGCUCAGCGACCUGGCAGCCAAACAGAAAUCAGACCCUGAGGAGGAGGAGGAGGACCAGUUCAAAUCCAAGUCCCUGCAGCACAGACACUACCUGAGCUUUGAGGGCGUGGGCAUCGGCACGCCGAGCCAGCGGGAGAAGCAGUACAUGCAGUUCCGCGUGGACCGCGCCACCGAGCAGGUGCUGGAGUACCGGCAGCAGAGGCUGGAGAGCCGCUACGCCGGCAGCGACCUCAGCAGAGCCAAGGACGUGCGGCAGAGCAAGAAGGUGAAGAUAACUCAGGCGGUGGAACGGCUGGUGGAGGACCUCAUCCAGGAAUCCAUGGCCAAAGGAGACUUCGACAACCUCAGCGGCAAGGGGAAGCCUUUGCAGAAGUUCUCGGACAGUCCCCACAUCGACCCCAUGACCCACAACCUGAACAGGAUCCUCAUCGACAACGGGUACCAGCCCGAGUGGAUCCUGCUGCAGAAGGAGAUCCGGGAGACCAUCGAGCGGCUGAGGAACAGCAUCGUGGCCUCCAGGAGGAAGCUCGGGGAGCCCAUGACGCUGUCGGAGCAGAAGCAGUGGGGUCGGAUUUGCGAGCAGUUCGAGGAAGACAUCAGGAAAUUAAACAAGAGAGUUGACAACUUCAACCUGGUGGUGCCCAUUCUCAGCAGGCAAAUGGUGCAUUUCAGCAUGGACAAGGAAAUCCUCCGAGCACGAAAGACUUACGAGGCUGUCGUGGAAAAGGUUUCUGAUUCAGACACGAAGGAAAAUGAGGGGGAAGAGGGCAAAAGGUUUGGGUGGAAGUCUUCUCUUUUGAAGUGGUUAAAACUUACACCGAAAUAAUUUCAUGCUAAUUCCUCUUAUCAAGGUUUUGAAUGCACUUUAUUAAUAAAAUAUCGCACUAGAGAAAUUUCAGGUUCAGUGAAAAUGUGAAAUCCACACUGUCACCCUGCUUGAAGGAAAUUUGAUUGUGUGAUGAGCAUUUGCAUUACAAAUAACUCAAUUAUUUUUAAAUAUUAUUAAAUGAAAUGUGCCAGUU